AUGAAUUCGUUUCGAUCAUAUAUCUGGGAUCCCGGUUUGAUUAUUUUGCAGAUUAUAUGUAUGCAAGCAGCGUUCUACACCGCCUGGUGUGCUCUUUUAGUGAUGUUCUCCGUUGGAAGCUAUUAUCCUUCGUUGGAACAAGUGUUUACAGCAGCGGCUUCAUUCCACGGAACAGUCAUUCAGUUACUGUCAGCUGCAGCAUGCUCUCUUAUCAUGAGUAAAGUUAUUGGACGUUCGAAACAGUGUUUGGAUUUUACAUGUACUUUACAUUUUUGGCACUUAAUCGCUGUUACUUUGUAUUAUAAAUCAAUUCCUAUGCAUGUUUUUUGGUGGCUAUUACAGCUUUUGAGUAUUGUUUUAUGCACAGUACUGGGUGAAUAUUUUUGUUUGCAACUUGAGUCUAGGGAUAUUCAUUUGUCAACCACUUUAAGAUAUGAAGUAUAG